AUGUCAUAUCUUUCAAUCUUUUUGCUAAUUGCAACAAUUCAUCAAAUCAAUUCGCAUACCGUUCUGAGAGUGGCAAGAAGUGCUGAGUUUUCAUUUGAUGAUCAUAAAGAACCUUUUACUUUUGAAAAGGAUGAUAAAUUGCUGGAAAACAAUGGUGAAGUGCUUCACAAAAUUCGGGCACAUCAAGGAGGAAGUGGUGAUCCGGCUGGUUCCAUCAAAGUCGAGCUCGAAAUAGAGAAUGAGCAACCCGGGAAAUUGUACACUGAUUUUUCCUUCGACUCACCAGAAGGAAAUCACUUUUUCGAAGUCAUUGGUGGAAAAGGAGGAAAGCAUCGGUUCUUGGUCAACAAUUAUGCGCUCGAUUUUAAAUAUAAUAAAAACGCCCCAAAGUUCAAAAUAUCAUUUCGUCAAGUGUUUUUACCAGCUGAUUGUACUUGUCCUGAUAUGCUAACGAAUUACGAUCGUAAAGAUGUUGAUACACCGGAGCUUUACCCGAACGUCAACAUUGCAUUCAGUUUGGCAAAAUUUUGUUCAUCUCUUGCUUGCAGCUGGAAUUUUGAUGAUGUUGACAAGAGCGAAGCUGUAAAAUUCUCGUAUUCAGGAACGUUAGACGCCGGAGAUCAAUUCUAUGUCAAAUCCACAAAUGGAUCAACAAAUUUCAAAGCUGAAGGGUUCACUCAAUUUUCGUUACCCGGUAAAGAACCAUUCUCAAUCUACUUUCUUGGAUCGUCAACUCCAAAAACUCGAAGAAAUGGAGAAUUAGUGAUUGGAUAUAAAGCGGUUGAGCCGACAGCUGAUGAUGGAGGAAAUGAA